AGCUCCUCUGACCGUCCUUAAAGCCGCUGUGCUUCAGGUGUGUGUCUACAACACGAGCGCAGCGUUAAACCAUGUUUGUUCUGGGUCUGCUCACCUGUGUUGUGCUGAGAGCGUUCAGUGCUCAGGCAAAAGUGGCCGAAGAAGCAAAUGGAGCUGAAUCGGAGUUUGAUUGUACAGAGUUUUUCUACAAAAACAAAGAACCAACCGGAAUGGAUCAGAAUGCCAAGAAAAUCUGUCAGUGGACAUCAAGCCAAAUUUAUUAUUUCGCUACGCUGUACUCUGUUCCUCACAGGAUCCCUCUCUACAGCGCCUACACGUUUAACCCUGCCUGCGCCAGCGACAGUGGAAGACCCAACAGAUGGUAUUUAGAGCCACAGAUAUCCGACCCUAAAAAGGAAAUAUAUAUGGUUCCUGAGACUGAAAAAAAUAAAAAAGCUUAUAAAGCAAAUCAAGCCACCAGCGACGACUACAGCGACACGGGAUACGACCGUGGACACCUGAACCCCAGCAGCUUCCAAUGCAGAGACGGCCGUACAGCGACGUUUACACUGACCAACGCCGCACCCAUGGACCCGUGCUUCAACCGCAACCACUGGGCAAAGUGGGAGAAGACAUUGAGGAGUUUUUUAGGAGAAAUGCUUCAAACUGACGGUCAUUCUGCAAAAGUCUACAUCGUCACAGGUACGGUACCUGAUGCAAAUCUACGGAUACCACAGAAGGAAAUCUCCGAAGAAGACUAUGAAAGGGUGACGGUGCCCUCUCACAUCUGGACGGCUGUCUGCUAUAAACACGACAACGAUGAUAAGUCUUUCUCCUUCGGCUAUAUCGGGCAAAACCAGCCAGAAGAGCCUGGCGUUAGCCUGAUGAGAGCCUCGAACCUGAACUAUCGGCUCAGCACGCUCUAUGGUGAGCUCUCAGAUACACAACGCUCAAUUACGAUUUUUGAGGACGAUUGUUUUGAUGACAAUAACAAACUAAGCAAGGUCCAGGACGCAUUUAAGAAAUUAAUUAAUCUGCCAGAGAACCAAGGAGUCCAGAUGACCAAAGAUGCGCAGAUCAAGUUUAAUGCGUUGAAAAGGGCCACCGGCACUACCAGCCAAUCGACUGAGAAGAGAUUUAAGGUGAAAGAGAUGACGGUCAAAUUAGCCUCUGGCAGCAUGGACACGUACUAUGAAAUGGCAGAGGAUCUGAAGGGUUUUGCUGGAAGUGCUUGUCUCAUAACUAAUGCCAUACCACAAGAAAUGAAAAGCGGGCAUGAUGAGCUCAGGAAGAGGGAGGUGUCCGAGGGCUCGGACGCUGUGGAGUGCCUGCUGGUCCCAGAGAGGCAGAUGACGGCAGCGGAUGGAUCGCAGUGCUCGAGCGUCUCAGAAUCUGCUGACACGUGUCAAUGCAACUCGGGAGGACAAACCAAGCCCUGCUGCUCCUCCCCCUGCCUGUACCAGGACAAACUCAAGGGCUACUGGUGCAACUCAGGGAACGCACAGAUCUCGUGCUCACCGCCGUACUCACUCAUCACGGUGAACGGAGAGAGGUGCCGGGACGAUCACCCCUGCGGCACAUACGGCUACGGCUACUACUGGUGUUACAAGGUCUCCGGCAGCUGGGAUUUCUGCAGUCCUCCGCUCUGGAGAAGUAAAACUGCAAACGGGAGGCGCUGCCGCGGGGGCCACGCCUGUGCCAAAUAUGGUAAAAGCUAUCAGUGGUGCUAUACUGAUGCUGAAGGCAGUAAUGACCAGUGCUGUACUUCUGAUGACCCCUACUCCACUGUGAGUGGCAAAACCUGCAAGCCUGAUCACCUCUGUGCCAAACAUGGUGAAAGUUACCUGUGGUGCAAAACCACUGAUGGCAGUUGGGAUAAGUGUUGCACAGGUUUAUUGCUUUAACAUUUGUAUUACUAUUAUUACUAAAGCAGGACUUCGCAAAGUCCAUUGUGAUUGCCUGUGCCAAGUAUGCUUCUUAUUAUAUGUGGUGCUACACGGAUGAGAAAGGCAACUACGAUGAAUGCUGUACUUCCGACGACUGCUUCUCUACUGUGACGGGCCAAACCUGCAGGUCCGAUCACCCCUGUGGCUACUACCAAGAAAAUUACCUGUGGUGUUAUACGGAUCAUAAAAAAAACUGGGCUAAAUGUUGCAAAAACUGUGAAAAGAAAAGCUAGAUUGCAAUUAAUACUGAGGUAUGACUUUGCAAAGACGAUUGUCAUUGUACUUGGAGCUCUUGCUAACAACUUUCUAACAUUAAAAAUACAUUCUCUCAUAUGUUUCUGAAAUUUACAGCAGCUUAAAACGUAUUUUUAUUAAGUAAAUGUA